AUGGCCGAAAUCCGCAUUCCCAGCCCCCUUCUUCCCUCUCGGGUGGUCCACCAGUUCCCCUUGCCUUCAUGGAUCGAAAAUCUCGCGGUGCGAUCCAAUGGGCAGAUUCUCGUCACCCUUUCUUCUGCACCUGAAGUCUUCCUUGUCGAUCCCGCCGACGGCUCCAAAACCGUUCUGAUCCACAGAUUCUCCGACGUGUCAGGAUUGGCCGGCAUCAUUGAGGUAGAGCACGACAAGUUCUACGUUGCCGGGGGCAAUUUCAAUCUCAGCACUAUGGUCAACCAGACAGGGUCGUACAAGCUGUGGGAAAUAGACAUGACCAAUUUCGAAAGCGAUGGCAGGGCGGUGGUCGAGGAGGUCAUGAAGCUCGACAAGAUCGGCCUCCCAAACGGAAUGGAGCUGCUUUCAAGAUCUGAACAGACGAUCCUUGCUGCCGACUGCGAAGCCGGUGCCGUAUUCAAGAUUGACCUCGUCAACGCGACGCAUGAGAUGAUGAUACAAGUAGACGAGAUGCAGAACCCCGAGAAUCCUACGCUACCCAUCGCCAUUAACGGUAUUGCGGUCCACAAAGAAUACCUCUACUGGACCAACACUUCCAAGGCAUUGUUCUGCCGGAUGAGAAUCCACAAGGACGGCAAAGCCACUGGAGGCGCCGAGAUUCUGCACCAGGGGCUCGUAGGCGAUGAUUUCUGCUUCGACGGCGACGAUGGCGCCUGGAUCACACAAAACCCCCUCAACACUCUCACAGUGGCAAAGGCAGAGGGUGGGCUUGUGACCGUUGCUGGGAAACUAGAUUCGUUGGAGAUUGCUGGGGCGACUGCUUGUCAGUUCGACAGAAGAAGCGGCAAUGAGCACAUGCUUUACGUCGUCACGAAUGGCGGUCUAGGAGGACCUGUCAACGGAACCGACGUUGAGGGCGGGAAGGUCUUGGUCAUUGACACAAAGUCGUUCAAAGCUUGA